CAUCCUCAUAACCCCCCGCGGUCGGGCGGUAUUCCCCACUACAUGCGAUUAUGCUCUCAAGUCCCAAUCAAGCUAUCGCAACCGACGUCAGCUUAGAAUGUACACAGAUACAUACACCAGGUGACACGGUUUUUCUGCGCUCUCAGUAUCUGUAACUGUUAUCCAAGAUGCCCAUCUUCGCAACAAGCCAGGAAUGGCUUCACCACUCGCAACUCCUCCUUGAAGCCCGUCCCGCUACGACGAGGAUAACGACGCGCUACUCGAUCCGCAAGGCCGAGCAGAAGCCGCACAAGGACGGCGAGACCCUGCCAGACGCAAAGCCGCCGCGGGCCCGGCUCGUUCUCAAGACCUACGACGAUGCCAGCGGCGCCUGCCUCAAAUACCGCACCAGUAAGGCCGCCGAGGUCUCGCGCCUGAUACAAAUGUUGGGCAGCCUGGGGAGGAGACAGGCCGCGCUCCCGCCCAGAGACGAUGGGCUGCUCGAGCCUGCGGGUGGCGCGGUGUCGAUGCCGAUGGAGUCCGAAGCGGCGGUGGGUGCUGCUACGACAACGUCCCAGCAACAACCGACACAACAGCAAGGGGGUGGAGGUGGCGCAAAGGGGAAGAAGAAAAAAGGCAAGCGAUGAAAGGGCGGGCUGGCUGGCGAGGGAUUGGGGCUUGGAUUGACAUGCAAGUACAUGGGAAUAUCCUUAGGCUAUGCGUUCGUGCAAAUGCGGAGCUGAAUUGCGCUUUGUUGUUUUCUUUACCAUAGCAGUAGCGGCUACCGAGCAACAACAGUCCAGAGAGAAAGCUGUAUCUACCUAGGUAUUGCCUUAAAUAUCACAGAAUCAGGGUGAACCAUAAGGUAACUAACUAUCCUAAUAAAUUGAUCCUAAC